GCGAUUUGCCAAACGUUUCCUCAUUUCCGUCCUUCGUCAUCGCCACAUUCCUGUAUUAACUUUCAACACAGAUACAAAAAUUGUCCUUUAAAAAAACAACAUGAAUUACGAAAUUCUAAAAACCGAAGAGAGAACUGUUUCUCGCGGUACUGUGAUGAAAAACGCUCACAUGGGAUUUAAUGGGGUCACGUAUCGUGUCACGGUGAAAGUUAAUCAACGCAUCGGUCUGACCGGUCUAGGCUUCUUGGGUCCCUUCCUGUCCGAUGGGUACUUCAAAGCGACCAUUGUUAUUGAAAGCGUCCCCAAGUGGCGUAUUGUCCUUGACCAUGCAAAGUUUAGCGUUUAUGCGAAACAAGGGGAAAUAUUCUAUAUCAAUUUCGACAAGAUGUUCACCAUGGAGGCGGAUACUUACUACAGCAUUGGCUUCAUGUUGGAUGUAGGUUGAAAUAUUUAUGCAACAAAUCUUUGUCAAUAACGUGGUAACGAUCCCGGUGACAAUUUUAACAAAUUAUUGAAGUAAAACUUAGAAAAUUGUACUGAACUUAAAUACCUUAAUUUUAUAUUUUACUUUAUUAUCAUGUAUACUUUAAGUCAACGCGUGCAUUGACAAAUAACAUACAUGUACAUACUUUCUAAAACUGCUCCUAAAUGUGUGUAAUUUUCUUCAAAUAAUUUCGGUGUUGAUCAGUAGUUAAAUAAAUAUAUACCAAAUCGUGAUAAAUUGCAAAUAUAUAAUAAAUGUAGAAACCAUGAGUAGAAAUGAAAUAUUUACAAGCUCAAACGAUUUUUACCUGUAUUUUCGGUCUUGUCAACGCACAUAAACACAGGUAUUCUCAGAAAUGUGGGAAAGCAGCCUUCCAGGAAAUGGAUGCGAUCGUUAUUUUUAUCAAGGUGCGACAAGUUAAGACGUGUAUGUAUUUAUGUAAAUGGAAUGCAUUUCCACAUACCGUAAAUUCUCUUUUAGAGGCCCGGGCCUAUAAUUGAAACUUCGAGCCUCGAGACCCGGCCUAUAUUAGAGGCCGGCCUUUAUUAGAGACCCGGCCAAUAACCAAAACCUGGUGUUGUUGACCCGGCUUGUAUUAGAGACACUUUGCGGAAUUUGUUAAAUAAAUAAAUAUAGCAAACUUAAUUUAUCUUCCUUCAAACAAAGAAUAAUGUUAUCUUCUCAGCCAUUCAAUGGGCUUGUUAAACCACAUAUUUAUUAAA